AAUAUUUUCUUUUAUUUUCAGCUGGACGAGACCCCAUGAAACUACCAGUAAUUGUGUUCAUUCAUGGCGAAUCUUAUGAUUGGAAUGCUGGAAACCCAUAUGACGGCAGCAUACUUGCGAGCUUAGGAAACGUUGUCGUCGUUACGAUAAACUACAGAUUAGGAAUACUCGGUUUCUUGCCUGCUACGGAGGGAUCCGCUCGAGGCAAUUAUGGGUUGAUGGACCAAGUUGCAGCCUUGCAUUGGGUACAAGAAAAUAUAGCAGAAUUUGGUGGCGAUCCGAAAAACGCUACAAUCAUAGGGCAAGGCCAUGGUGCUGCAUUCGUAAAUUUACUUAUGAUAUCUCCCAUGGCUAGAGGACUGUUCCAAAGAGCUAUCAUGCAGAGCGGCUCAGCCUUAAGCCCCUGGGCUAUCGCCCACGACGCCCUGAACUACGGCCGACAGGUCUGUUCCACUCUGAGAUGCCCAACGGAGGAAAGUGCGGCCAUGCUUGACUGCAUGAGACAGCGCCCACUAGCUGAUAUCAUGCGAGUGCAGCUCAUGGUUCCGGAACACCUCUCUGCUUUUGGCCCAACCGUCGACGGAAUAGUAAUACCCGUGGAUCCUUUAACUCCCAUGAACGAAAAAGAAAGUCUGUUCGGUCAAUACGAUCUUCUUUUUGGAGUUACCCGAGCCGAGUACUUCUACCAUUUGUCUUCUAACGAAGAAAAGCACGGAAUCGAUCCAGACCGCAGGGACAGGUUACUCCGAACAUUGGUCAGGAAUUUAUUCAAUUACCACAUGCAAGAAAUAUUUCUUACAAUCGUAAACGAGUACACGGAUUGGACUCGACCCGUUCAGCAUCCAGUUAGUAUACUGGAUGCAACUCUUGAAGCACUCGGAGAUGGACUAACGGUUGCUCCGAUUAUUAAAGCCGGCAAUUUGCACUCCAAAACCCGUUCAAAAACUUAUUUUUACGUUUUUGGAUACCAAACAGAAAACGGGGACUUUCCGCAAAGAUUUGGUUGCAUCCACGGUGAAGAGCUGGUAUAUUUAUUUGGAGCGCCUCUUGUGGGGACUUUAUCUCACUUUUCAAAAAACUACACCAAGUCCGAGAUGUCACUUUCAGAAGCUGUUAUGUCUUACUGGAUAAACUUUGCAAAAUCUGGUGAUCCGAACAUUACCCCGCAUCAAGAGUUGGAAAGUCUAGCGUCUGAUAAAGCUAGAGGGCGAUUUGAGAAGUUUGUUUGGGCCCAGUAUGAAACGGUACAUCAGAAGUAUUUAUUAAUAGGAUUGAAACCAAAAGCAAAGGAUCACUAUCGUGCUCAUCGAUUGUCAUUCUGGCUAAACCUCAUCCCACAACUCCACCGUCCAGGAACCGUCUCUGUGAUACCACAGCACCAUCUUCUGGACGACCACAAUAAUCCUCUAACAUACGACGGAGUCGUCAGACCUUUAGCUGAUGGCGACGACAUGUCAGCGACGUUUUCUGGACCAUUCUUGGGUGGACAACCACAGAGUUCUCCAACCUUACGACCAACGUUAGCAAAAAAUGUCACAUCAGAACCUCCAUUGACGUCUACAGACUCACCGAAAGUACCCAAACCCUAUCCUGGAACUACAGUAGAUACGAUUAGCAAUUUCACUGAAACUCGGUCUGUGAUGAUACCUCAAAGUGGUUACUCAACAGCACUCAGUGUCACCAUUGCUGUGGGUUGUUCUCUGCUUAUCCUGAAUAUUUUAAUUUUUGCUGGUGUUUAUUAUCAACGUGACAAGAGUAGGAUGGAAAUGAAGCUACAGAAAAGAAACUACAAGGAAGGAAACGUUUAUGGAACCGAUGGCGAUGAACCCGCAGAUGAAGAAUCCUUUCAUCAAACACAUGGGGGCAGUGAUAAAGACAUUAAUAUUGAUAGGGAUAAAUACAAUAUUUGGGAAUUUGAAGUUCGACGAUCAGGUGAGCGGGAAGCCAUGGUGAUACCAUCACCUCCAACAAAGACAACCCCAUCAGGUGCUGCAUCUCCUAUGACCAUCUGUCCUCCAGGUCUUCCGCCAGAUUAUGCACACCACCAUCAUGCGAUGCAUCAUCCCUCCCAGCAAGGGGUACGCAUGCUACCUCCCAAAGUACCCCCGAAACCCGUCAUGGUACCAACUCCGGCUUCAGAGAACGCCUUACCCGAAGCGCAGCCCCUGCUGCCCCAUUGUGGCAUCCAGAAGCAAAAUCCAGCCCCACCACCACAAACCCAAGAAAUGCCAGUGUGAGCUGAACAAGAUGACUUUCUUCGGGCAGGGUGUAAAUCUUGUUCAACAGUUCGUUGUCGCUAACCCAUGAUUUUACAUUUGAAGAGGGUUGAAAUCUUUCUUGAAGUGGAAAUGCCAGGGCGCUGAAAUAAUUUGUAUAUUCAAUGUUUGUCAUCUGAUGUGCUUUCAGGACUAUAACCUGACAUGUGAAAAUAGUUCUUAUUCGUGAACUUGCUCAUGUUGAUCGCAAGCAUGUUUUCUGUAUUGAAAAAUAUAU